CACCGAGCUACGCCUCUGCGCUCACAAGAUGGCGGCCGCAUUCGGGCUGCUCUACGCUAGAGGGGAUCGGCCUGGGAUAGGGCACUUCAGCCACGAGAAUAGCGUAGCUGAAGUCGACAUAUCGUAGGUCGACUUACCUUGUGUCCUCGGGGCGCGCGGUCGACUGCCGCCGCUCUCCCGUCGGCUCCGCUUCCGCCUCGCUGCGGUGGAGGCAGAGCGAUCGGGGAUCGAUUUAUCGCCUCUAUAGUAGACGCGAUACAUCGCUCCCCGUAGAUCGGUCACUGCCCACCGGUCCGGCUCGGCGGGUGGUGUAGACGUACCUUUGACUCGCUUAAGAUGGCGGCCGCAACGGAACUGUCGCGGUGUCAGUGACACAUGGCUGCGCCGCGGGUGCCGGGCGGGAGGCGGUGGAAGAGGGAGAGUUUAAAGGGACCAUGUACUAACCACUGCGGAGACGAGCCGGGCAGGAGGCUGCAGCGCGGCCGCUGAGGCACGUUUCUGGGACCAGGGCCAGCAGCAGACAUGGGGCAGAGUGAGUCCGAGCUUCAGGAUGAGCAGGAGGAUGCAGUGCUCACAGCCGUGCUGCCCAACCUUAAGCUCUUUGUGGAGGAUCAGCUCCAGACCAGCAUGGUGCUGGGUGUCAUGAUUGGUGUUGGUGUUUCCAUGUUGCUCAUCGCCACCUUGAUCCUGGUGCUGGUCCGCAGGCUGCGCCACAAGAAGGUUCAGACUCAGGAGACGCCCAAGUAUCGAUUCCGCAAGCGGGACAAAGUGCUGUUCUACGGGCGCAAGAUCAUGCGCAAGGUGUCCCAAUCUACCUCCUCCCUUGUGGACACAACCAUCUCCAACACCUCCCGGCCCCGCAUGAAGAAGAAACUCAAGAUGUUGAACAUUGCCAAAAAGAUCCUGCGCAUCAAGAAGGAGCUGCCUAUCCUGCAGCUGAAGGAGCCGCCGCCCUCAGUGCUGGAAGCGGAUCUGACUGAGUUUGACGUGGCCAACUCCCACUUGCCGUCCGAGGUGCUGUACAUGCUGAAGAACGUCCGGGUGCUGGGCCAUUUUGAAAAGCCGCUGUUCCUGGAGCUCUGUAAGCACAUGAUCUUCCAGCAGUUCCAACAGGGCGAGUACGUCUUCCGGCCUGGCCAGCCUGACAGCAGCAUCUACGUGGUGCAGGAUGGCAAGCUGGAGCUCUUCCUGACCCAGCAGGACGGGAAGGAGACCCUGGUGAAGGAGGUGUUCCCUGGGGACAGUGUGCACAGCCUGCUCAGCAUUCUUGAUGUCAUCACGGGGCACCAGCGGCCAUACCGGACCGUGUCUGCACGGGCAGGCGAGGAUUCCACAGUGCUGCGGCUGCCGGUCGAGGCCUUCUCUGCCGUCUUUGAGAAGUACCCCGAGAGCCUGGUGCGGGUGGUGCAGAUCAUCAUGGUGCGUCUGCAGCGAGUCACCUUCCUGGCCCUGCACAACUACCUGGGGCUGACCAAUGAACUCUUCAGCCACGAGAUGCAGCCGCUGCGACUCUUCCCCCAGCCCAACCAUGCCUCGCGCACCAGCCCUGUCAGACACAACAAGCGUGUCAUCAGCAUCUCCUCCAUUGAUGACCAUAAGGAGAGCUCUGGGAGGCAGCCAGAUGCCAGCGCCAAGGACCUGGCUGAUCAGCUCAAGCUGGGGUCCCUGGAGCCCUCUUCAGUGCCACUGCUGAGCCGCUGCAUCUCCAUGCCAGUUGAUAUCUCAGGCCUCCAGAAGGGUCCCCGCUCAGACUUCGACAUGGCCUAUGAGCGUGGCAGGAUCUCAGUGUCGCUGCAGGAGGAGAGCACCGGCACCAUGGCCUCUUUCUCCCAGUCUGUCUCCCAGGAGCCCAAGGAGCGCAGGUCAGUGACGGUGGAGGAGCAGUCCCCCGGUACUUAUCACUACAACUACUGCGAGGACGACUCGGCAGGCGGUGCCUGCCCCUUUGGGCCUUACCAGGGCCGCCAGACCAGCGCCAUCUUCGAGGCUGCCAAGCGGGAGCUGGUGAAGCUUAUGAAGAUUGAGGACCCCUCCCUUCUCAACAACCGGGUGCUGCUGCACCACGCCAAGGCUGGGACAGUCAUCGCCCGCCAGGGGGACCAGGACGUCAGCCUUCACUUUGUGCUGUGGGGCUGCCUGCAUGUCUACCAGCGCAUGAUCGACAAGGCGGAGGAUGUGUGCCUCUUCCUGACGCAGCCCGGCGAGAUGGUUGGCCAGCUGGCUGUGCUGACCGGGGAGCCUCUUAUCUUCACCAUCAAGGCCAACCGUGACUGCACCUUCCUCAGGAUCUCCAAGUCGGACUUCUACGAGAUCAUGCGGGAACAGCCCAGUGUGGUGCUGAGUGUCGCCCAUACUGUGGCCGCACGCAUGUCCCCAUUCGUGCGCCAGAUGGACUUUGCCAUCGACUGGAUGGCAGUGGAGGCCGGACGGGCCUUGUACAGGCAGGGUGACAAGUCAGACUGCACCUACAUUGUGCUGAAUGGACGCCUGCGCUCUGUCAUCCAGAAAGGCAAUGGCAAGAAGGAGCUGGUUGGGGAGUACGGUCGUGGUGACCUCAUUGGAGUGGUGGAAGCCCUGACCCGGCAGCCCCGAGCCACCACUGUCCAUGCUGUGAGAGACACAGAGCUGGCCAAACUGCCCGAGGGCACCCUGAACAACAUUAAGCGCAGAUACCCCCAGGUUGUGACCCGCCUGAUCCACUUGCUGAGCCAGAAGAUCCUCGGGAACCUACAGCAGCUGUGCGGGCCCUUCACAGGCUCCAGUCUUGGUGUGGCCUCCAGCUCAGAGCUAACCAACCCAGCCAGUAACCUGUCCACGGUGGCAGUGCUGCCAGUGUGUGACGAUGUGCCCAUGGCAGCCUUCACGCUGGAACUGGAGCAUGCCCUCAACGCCAUAGGUCCCACCCUGCUUCUGACCAGUGACAUCAUCCGAGCACGGCUAGGUGCCUCAGCACUGGACAGCAUCCAAGAAUACCGGCUGUCAGGCUGGCUGGCGCAGCAGGAGGACAUCCACCGCAUUGUGCUGUACCAGACCGACUGCACACUGACGCCCUGGACUGUGCGCUGCAUCCGCCAAGCUGACUGCAUCCUCAUUGUUGGACUGGGGGACCAGGAGCCAGCCCUAGGCAAGCUGGAGCAGAUGCUGGAGAACACUGCCGUGCGUGCCCUGAAGCAGCUGAUUCUGCUGCACCGGGAGGAUGGCCCCAGCCCCUCCCGCACCGUUGAGUGGCUCAACAUGCGCAGCUGGUGCUCAGGACACCUUCACAUCAAGUGCCCACGCCGUGUCUUCUCCCGCCGGAGCCCCAACAAGCUGAGGGAGAUGUACGCGAAGGUCUUUGAGAAGGACGCUGACCGGCACAGCGACUUCUCCCGCCUGGCACGAGUCCUGACUGGCAACAGCAUAGCCUUAGUGCUGGGAGGAGGAGGGGCCAGGGGCUGCUCGCACAUUGGGGUGAUCAAGGCCAUGGAGGAAGCCGGGAUUCCCAUUGACCUGAUUGGGGGCACAUCCAUUGGCUCCUUCAUUGGGGCUCUCUAUGCUGAAGAGCGCAGUGCUGUGCGCACCAAGCAGCGUGCCCGCGAAUGGGCCAAGAGCAUGAACUCCGUGUUUGAGACGGUCCUGGACCUCACCUACCCCAUCACCUCCAUGUUCUCUGGCUCAGCCUUCAACACCAGCAUCAACAAGGUCUUCCAGGACAAGCAGAUUGAGGAUCUGUGGCUCCCCUACUUCAACGUGACAACAGACAUCACAGCCUCGGCCAUGCGGGUCCACAAGGACGUCAUCGGAAGAUCGAUGCUGGUUCCGGGAGUCUCCAGGCCAAACCUAGAGGGUUGGCAACCCUAGCUGAGCAGUGCUUCCCCUCAGGCGCUGAGCCGAUGUCUCCAAGGACAGGAAUCGCCUGCUGUAGAGAGUGCCCCCUAUCCCCCAGAGAGCAGUGCUUGUAACCCCUAGCCCACAUCAGCGGGCAUGGGUCACUCUACUGCCAAGCCAUCCACUAACACAGCGAGGGACUGGGCCGGGCAUGGCCAUCUCGAUGUCUUUGCGCUUUCCCCCUUUACUCUCACACCUGGCAGGGCCCCUCAGCGUCCUGCUCUGCAGCAAAGGAUAGUGUUAGAGGAAAGGGCUGAAAGAAGGGCAGGGGCUGUCAGGGCAGGGCCCCAGAGGUCUAAUUAGGACUGAUGGGCUGAAAUAAAGGUCUCCAUCCCUGCGAGAGAGCCGGGGCAGAAGCUGCCGUUGAUGGCACAGGGAGCGCUUGGGCUCUGCUGCCAGGGCUGUGCUAGAGGCAAAGCCAGGCUCUGGGAAACCCCCUGUAGGGAGCACUGCACCUGAAUUGACUGGGGCCAAACACAAGGGCCGGGGCCUUUCCCUACCCAUGGCUCUGCCCUGGGCAGCAGGAGCUGCUGGCUUUCCUUAACCACCUGGCCUCAGGGCCCAGAAUCUCCAAACAGCCAGAUACCAUUCCUGUCUUUCUGGGGGCAGCAAAGGCCAGCCUGGGCCAGCAGAACCCAGGCCCAAGAUCUGCUGACGCUGCUCCUGGUCAGAGUUGGGGCCCCACAGCAAGUCCCUCCCGCCCAUCCCCACACUCCACUGCCCACUUGGUCAUUGUCUGGCUCCUCCCCAAUUCCCUGCUUGUAACACUUCUGCUACUCACUAACCCCUAACCCCUGGUAACAUCCCCCACUCCUAACUGUGUGGGGAGAACACACGAUGGGGCUAUGGGACACACUAACCUUGCUGCCCCCUGCCCCUCACGCCUGGCCUGAGCAGCCCUCCUGUCAUCUGACACCCUCAUUGGGCCAGCUGGAUGGCAUGUUAGCAGCAGCUGCUCUGAGUCACUGGGCGGAGUUGUGGCAGCAUUCUGCCCUUACACUUGGGUGGUGGUGGUUGGGAGCUCUGGGUGGAAGAGAGGGCCUGCUGUGGGGGUGAGUGGGUGGGUGUGUGGUGAGGUUUGGGCUGAGGUAGACAAGGGGCAAUGUUCUGUCCUUGCACUCAGGUGAUGGUGGUUGGAGGCUCUUGGGGGAGGCAGCUAGAGGGGGGUGCAUGUGGCGGGGCUGGGGCACACAAGGGGUAGCGUUCUGUCCUUGCACUCAUGUGGUGGUGGUUGGGGGAUCCCAGGAGAGGUAGGUGGGGGGGGUGCUGCUGGUUCAAACUCAGUCUCUGCCCUUGGUCCUCAUCUUAUGCCUCAUCUGUCACAGGCGCCUGAUCUCACCUGGGACAUUGAUCCUUCCAUGCCUGUCCACGGGGCGCUCCAGCAGCUGUAACUGCCUGGCUCUCACUCUGCCUGCUUGUCUGUCCUGAUGCCAACUAACCCGCACUCAUCCCUAACUCACUGAGCCUGGGGGACAGGGACAGGGAGAUGGGUUAGGGAGGGGCAGGGCUGGCUCUGCGGUGUGUCUGUGUGAGUGCUCUCUUCCUGGGGAGAUGCCAGGGGAAGGCCUCCCCCCUACCAGGACCCUGCUGUCCUACCCUGGGGUCCUCAGCUGGCAUCCAGAGCCAUCAGCCGAAGCCCUUCCCCCAAAGUCCAUGGAAUGGGGCCUCUGCCUCCUGCAAUGAUUGGGACUCCCUGCACCACCAUCUCAGCAUGUGCCUCAAUCUCCUCCUGGACCUGCAGUGCCCAGCCUGUGCUGCUGCCUCCGGCCCUGGAUAGUUCGGCCCUGGAUAGUUCUGUCCUGGCAUCUGUUGCCCUGGGCUUGCCCCACUCGCCCUUUCUCUGAAUGUUCUGGCCGUGCUGGUUGGGUUACUGCAAGGUUACAGGAGAGCACCCUGCUGGGCUUCCAGCUCUGAGCCGUGGCAGCCCAUUGCCAGGGGAGUUUGGCCCAACCCCACUGCCUUUGGCCCUCCCAUUGCAGUAGGGCACUCCUACAACCGAUCCGGUCUGUGCCUGUUGCCGGGCAGCCUUCUGCCAGCUCCCCACCAGGCUGCUGUAAGGGCACCUAGCUGCUGGAUGCCCAAGGUCUGAGCCCUCAACUUCGGCUCCUUUAGGCAUUCUCUCAGGGUGCUCCCAUCUAUCUAGCCCCUUCUCCUGAGCAUACUGUGACUAUAUAGCCCAUCACCAGCCCCGAGCUCAGUGCUGACCCCUCAGAUUCCCCAGUAACUUAAAUGCCCUCUCCCAAGCCCCUCCGAAAAGGUGAGCUGCUGGGUCCCCUCUUCCAGGGCCCUGGGCUAGGUGUAGCAUAGAGCACAGGCCCUCUGCACAGCCGUGUGACACUAGUGCUCUUUACCUAAGUAUUAGAAACACCCUGGAGAUACAGAUCCUAUAGAAAACACCACCCUCCUGAGCACAGGUUCACUCACUUGCUCUCGUGUCCCAGGCAGUCCUUGGAGGCACCAGGGAGGCAGGGUCCCCUCUCCGAAUCUGGCUCCCUCAGCAGCUUCCCUUACCUUGAGCUGUUGAAAAAGGGGCCGAAGACCUGCAGAGGCUGACCAGGGAGUUGCCUGGCAGGGGCUGGAAGCAGCUUUACCAGAACCUCCGGUAAAGCUGCUUCCAGCCCCUGCCAGGCAACUCCCUGGUCAGCCUCUGCAGGUGACCAGAAUCCUCCCUCGUGGUGUUGCCAAGCAAACCAGUUUCUGGCGGAUGGGGUCGGGGAGCCAGAGUCUUGGCUGGGUGUUUAUAGCCCAGUGAAGGCCCAGUGAAGAGCUCUGUCUGCGAUGGAGGCUGCAGGCUGAGGCAAAGUCGUGCAAAGAGCUCCUGACAGCCAACUGCAUUCAUAGUGUGCACAGCCUCAUUCUCUAGCUGGCCUGGCCCCAGGGUCUAGCAGCCCCUUGAGUGCUGGUCACAACAUGCCUGUGUGCCUGUUGCCGGGCAGCCUUCUGCCAGCAAGCACACAGCAGCGUCUUGUUGGGCCAGGGCCUGGCACUGCCCCAUGGCAGGGAGAGCCAGCAGGGCGUUGGGGUAGGUAGAAUAGCCCAGCCCAGUUGUCAGUGUAGCCACCACUAGCUGGAGUAGGCUGAGGGGGAUGGGUUUUCAGGGAAUUGGUCCCUCCUUUGGUGGUGGGGGGGUGGAUUUCUGGGUAUGUCACAAGGGCCUGUCCCUGUAUUAGGCUGGGGGUGGCAGGGGACACCUGUUCCCACACCCAGCCUGACUCCUAGCACAGACUGCCCCGUGUCUGAGCCGCUGUGCCCUCUCCCUGCCAGGCUGGAGAGACCUCCUAGCACCCAUGCUCUAGCGGGCAGCUGGAUUUCUAAAGCUUCUGUCAUGUCAUUUCCUGUUUUCUCUCCAUCUGUGCUGUCCCCAUCCCCUGUGACUGUCUCCUCUCC